CUCGAGGGGGUUUUGGUUGGUGGCCGGUCGGUCCUACCGGAGGACGCUGCAUGACCAGCAGCAUGAAUAUUCCUCUGGCAUCGUCCGGGGCCUUGGAGCCUUCACCCGACUCCUGCUCCGCCUCGUCGCCCGGGCGCCUGCCCAACCGCGUGAUCACCCAGAGCCCGGCGGUGGGCUUCCGCACCAUGCUGGGCGGCGGAUGCCCGGUGGCCAUCACCAUCGCCCGCAACGCCAAGUCAAUGUGCGACCUGCAGGCCAUGGCCAGCGCACGUGUGCGCUCGCCGCCGCCCCUGACGCACCUCCAGGGGAGCCCGAGAGCCAGCCCUGUGAACCAGAGAGGUCGAGUUGAGAUGGUGAACCUCUCCGCCACGACCGGGCCUGGCAUCUCGACUCCUCAGCAGAUUCCUGCAGGGAGAGGUGCCGUGCCGUCCGAAGCUCGGAUGGUGCUGAAGGCUCCAUUUCAAGCAGGACCUUCGAUGCAGUUGGGAGUUCCCAACCGCGUUCCGCCGCCUUCGGUACGGAGGACCUUUAACACCACGCACACCGCGGUCGUGCCAACGGUGCACCGAUCGAGCAGUGCAGAUCGAAGGUGCUUCGUGCAGCAGCUUCCAUGCGCAGGUGUGAUUGGCAGCCGGCAAGUCUCCGGGACGUCCGAGGGGACGGAGGUGCCCUUGGCCACCGCCCGGACGGCGCGACGGAUGAGCCCCAUUCGCACUGCCUGCAAGGCUUCUGCCGCUGCGCCGGUGCGGCUCCAACCGGCGUCCUUGCUCUCGAAGGUGCCUCCGGUCUCCAGCCUCGCGCUAAAUGGGCGCAGGGAGGAGACGGAUGAGGUGAUCCUCCAGCAAGUCACGAAACUGCAGAACUCCUUGAUGCAGCAGAUCGAAAGCACCAAGCAGCAGAUCCAGAGGCAAACUGCUCAUGGAGCCAAGCAAGUGAAUGGACAUUUGAACCCGCAGGCCGUCGCGGCCCUGUCGCUCCAUGGUGCCCCGGUGGCGCGCCCCGUGGCCGGCACGGUUCCGGCGCUGCCGCGCUCGGCGGCCGCGCCGCCCGCGCGGCCGGUGGCGCCGGGCGCGGGGAGUUUGACGCUGCCGCCGAAGCCGGAGCGGGUGGAGCGGGUGGAGCGGGUGGAGCGGGUGGAGGUGCUGAGCCGGUCCGUGAAGCUGACACUGCCAGUGAAGGAGGAGAUGGAGGGAUCACAGGGGGCUCAGAAUGGCGUGGGGGCUCAGAAUCGCUGGCUGUGUCCUUUGCGAUGGGGGGCCCUGGCCGCGGUCCAUGCCGCGCUGCGCCGCGCCGCGGUCGACGCCGCGCCGCACCCGCUGGCGGCGCCCACGCGGGCCAUCAGCGCCGCGGCGCGGGCCUCGUGCUGGACGGUGGCGCUGGGCCUCGUGGAGCUGCUGCGUGCCGUGCACCUGCGCGCCGAUGCCUAUGUCUUCGGUGCCGCGUUGAGUGCCACCGAACGGGCGGCGCAGUGGUCUUGGGCGGUGAGCCUGCUGGCGGGUCUGGGUGAAAUCAAUGAAGUGUUGCUGAACUCUGCGGUCAGCGCCUGUGAGAAGGGCGGCCGCUGGGCAGCUUGCCUCCGCCUGCUGCGUGGCGCGCGCGAGCUGCGCAGCGUGUGCGGCACGGUGGUGGGGCAGAGCGCGGCGAUGGCGGCUGUGGCACCAAGGGAGGCUGAGUGGCCACGAGCCUUCUUGAUCUUGGAGCAGCUGUUUGGUGAGUCCUUGAGGCCCGAUGUCAUCGCUUUCAACAGUGCAUUCAGAGCUUGCGCCUUUGCGGAUGCUGCGCACGUGCAGAGAUUGUUGCGCUUGAUGCGGCAGAAUGCGGCGGAGCCCGAUGUGGUCACUUCCAACACAUUGAUCAGCUCCUACAGCCGACAGCUGGCUUGGGAGGAGAGUCUCGCGGGUGUGGUGCAGGGCAGGGGGAACUACCCUGUGUUCUCCUCGAUCGCGUGCAAUGCUGCCUUGAGCUCUUUGGGUUUUGAAAGCAAUUGGCCCACGAGCUUGGCGCUCCUGGAGGAUGUGCAGAUGAAAGGUAAAGCGGAUGUGGUAAGCUUUGGUGCGGCGAUGACUGCCUUGGCCCGUGCGAGCCAAAGCAGAUUGUCACUGAAGCUUCUGGACAGCCUGGAUGAUGAUCUCACCAAUGAGCAGAUCUACAGCGCUGCCAUUUCUUCAUGUGAAGGCGAGAGUUGUUGGAAGAGUGUGGACUUGCUCAAGCAGGCUCGCCAUCGACAGGUAAGGCUGGAUGUCACUGUAUAUGGUGCCGCCUGCAACGUUUGUGAGAAGGGGAACUUUUGGGAAUCGGCCAUGGCCCUGCUGCCGGGGGCCCGUGCGGCCGACCUUUCUUGCAGCACGGUCUUGGCGAAUGCUGCGGUGUCCUCCUGUGCGAAGAGCCACGUGUGGCCGCAGGCGAUGCAACUCCUUCAAGGAGGGACGGGAGCGAAAUGGCACGUCCGGAGUUGGGAGCUGGGAACAGGAGUCUAUAUCGCUCAGUAUGAAGUAUAUGAGGUAUUUGUUCGAAGAGUCUGCGAUGAAGGCUUAAGCCAGUGA